AUGUCGUCCAAACUCGCUGAUCUUGCCCGCACGAAAAUCAUGAAGCCCACGUCGGCAGUCGUGUCUCCCGUGGAGAUGAAGCUUGCAGAGUGUUUUGUUGACCUCGAGUCGCACAAUGCCGAUCUCCGUGCAGAGCUUCGUUCGUUCCGCUUCUAUUCGGUCAACGAGGUCGACUGCACCGCCACCUCUGGCCGUCGUGCGCUUGUUGUGUACGUGCCGGUGUCGCAGCUUGCUGCGUUCCGUCGCAUUUCAAGCAAGGUUGUCACCGAGCUCGAGAAAAAGUUUUCCGACAAGCACAUCAUGUUUGUUGGACGCAGAAAGAUCGAGACCAAGGCCAAGCGCACGGCUCCUCUUGCAAAGCAGAACCGCCUUUAUUCUCGAACGCUGACGUCUGUCCAUGAAAAGAUCCUCGACGAUCUUGUCUCGCCCUUUGAGAUUGUAGGCAAGCGCACCCGCUUCAACCGUGACGGCUCGCGCGUCAUGAAAGUGCUGCUUGAUCCAAAAGACCGACAUGCAGUAGAGGCAAAGAUUGAGACCAUGGCCUCCGUCUAUGGCCGCCUGACAGGAAAAGCCAUCGUCUUUGAGUUCCCCACCAACAUGAUCAUUUCCUAA